AUAAAGAUAGAUUAUAACAUUUUAUUAUAUUUGAAACUUAUGAUGCAAUCGAUAUAUUGGUUUUUGCCGGUAUUUGUUACAAUGAAACAUAUUUUCCUGAUUUUGGACAAAUUAUUUAAUAUAUACAAGAGAACUACAUCAAUUUUGCUAGAUAAAAUGGAUACAUAUAUGUUUAUUCUUUCAUUCUUUAAAUGUGCAAGUGUGAAAAAUAUAUUUUAUGUGUACAUAAAUAAUACAAUAUAUAAAAUAUCAUUCAUUAAACACUGCGAAUAAUGAAUGGUUAAUUAUGAUAUUACAUUUCAAUUUUUUGUAGAGCAGAAUGCCUGAUAAUGAACCACCUGGCACAUUGUACGAAUGUGUAAUGCAUACUAUAUUUUAUCGCAUAAUGAACUAAAGGAUAAACAAAGGAAAAGAAAGAACGAGCGAAGUCCACGCUAAAGUCAUUGAUUAUAUUAAUACGUAUUGACAAUUAUCUACGUUUAAAUUUUUGCUACUUGUACACUUAUGCUUACAUAAUGCGACAUAAUAUGUAUAUAUGUAAAUAUAUUUUAGUAAAAUUCUCUUCAUUUGGAAUUAUUUUUGACAUUUGCACAAGUGUUAAAUGACAAAUAUUCAAUUAUCAUCAGUGAAUUCUAUAUACGUCAUUUGCGCUUUGACUGAUAAGAAGAUGCGUAUAUUUAAGUGUCAAAAGUUGCUGGAACCAGUUCAUUAUACAUAGCGGUAAUUAAGAAGGUAUAAUAGACAGCACGAUGUCACGUCUCUGCCUGCUCAUACUCUUCCUUGGCAUUGCUGUUCGAUUUAGUGAUUGUCAAAAUUACAACAUUUAUGGAAAUGACGUAGAUUGCAACACACCGAGUGCACCUGGUUCCGAGAAAACUCGUCUAACAUACACCGAAACGUUACUGGAAGGAAUAAACUCUCUCAAUCCUUUCAAGAAAAAGAAAAACUAUUCAUUGGAAAGAGCAACCUUCAGCGACGUCCUCGAAGAAGUUGAAAAUUAUCUUGGUAUUUUCCCAGGAACACGAUGGUGCGGCAAUGGAGAUAACGCCAAAAGCGAGGAUGAUCUCGGCCGUUACAACGAUACGGAUGCCUGUUGCAGGGCGCAUGAUAAUUGCCGAAACAAUAUUAUAGCCGGUGAAAUAAAGCUCAAUCUCAUAAAUAAUGGUCUUUUCACAAGGUCAUCUUGCGCUUGCGACGAUGAAUUCUUUCACUGUUUGAAAACGACCUCCAGCAUACCUUCUAAAACUGUCGGAAAAAUGUAUUUCAAUACAUUGGGACCGCAGUGCUUUGAAUGUAUAUGCCCAACAAACGAUUGCAACCUUAACGAUAAAACGGAUUGCGAGGGUCAUUGCGAUAAGUAUCGAUGGAGAAAAAAUAAUAAAUUUUAAUUAAUAACAGCGGAUUCGAUUUUGGCAAAAGGAAGAUCUUCUAUUAAUUUUAAUUGUAGGUAAGAUUUUUGAAAAUGUACGUAAUCCUCGCAAUUUUGCAGUUCGUUACUUUUGAUGUAUAAUAUGGUUUUUUUUAACAGCUUCCCUCUUAAGAGACUUUUCAAGUACAUUAUUAUAUUUUAAAA